UACUAACUCUUGUGCUCUACACGAAACCUGGCAUUUGUCUUCCUUUUGGACGCUCAUCCACACAAGAUGAUGAAGGUUCAAGUCAUCUCUAGAGAAAUCAUCAAACCAUCAUCUACAACUCCUCAUCACCUACGCAACUUCAAGCUCACCUUACUAGAUCAGUCACUCCCUCCCAUUUACGUACCAAUCAUAUUCUUCUACUCCAGCAAUAGUGGCAAUAACGUUGGAAUUCUUGAAAAAGUUCAACAGCUAAAGAAAUCUCUAUCGGAGACCUUAACCCAAUAUUACCCACUAGCUGGGAGGAUUAAAGAAAAUGGUUCGAUAGUCGAAUGUAAUGAUGAGGGUGUCGAAUUUUGCAAGGCCUACGUAGAUGGUCAGCUCUCAGAGUUUCUCAAACAACCCUAUGUUGAAGUACUGGAUCGAAUGGUUCCAUGCAAUCAUCAGCGAGCAAGGUCAGGCAGGGAUGUACUACUAGCUGUCCAAGCCAACUUGUUUGAUUGUGGCGGAAUGGCGAUUGGUGUGUGCAUUUUUCAUAAGGUCGCUGAUGCGAACUCAAUGGCCACAUUCAUCAAUGUGUGGGCCAGCACAUCGCCUGGCAUUGGAAAAACCACAAGUCCUGAUGUCCAAUCUUCCACACUUUUCCCAACUGAAGGGCACGUUCCAUUACUUCAGUUCAUUGAGAAAGAGAAUGUUAUCACAAAGCGGUUUGUGUUCAAUGCAUCUAAGAUUGCCUCCCUUCGAGCUGGACCAUCCACAGGAUCGCAAGUGGGAUGCCCCACACGCGUUGAAGCAGUGUCAGCACUUAUAUGGCAAUGUGUCAUGAGGGCCAAUGGGGAAGAGGGGUCCAUGAGGGCUUCUGUGGCAACUCAUUUUGUGAACUUGCGAGGAAAGAUGUCGCCACCAUUGCCGGAAAAUUCCUUUGGGAACAUUAUGGUGUUGGUAGCUUCAGUAGCGACAGAGAGAGAGUACCAUGAAAACAUGCAACGUCACUUGGAACAAAAACUAAGGGAUGCAAUAAGAAGAGCAGAUUUAAAUUGCAUAAAAGAACUGCAAACACCAAAUGGGACUAUGAGGAUUAUCGAAUCCUUCAAUUCUCUGGUUGGGGUAGACUUCUGUCAUUUUUCUAGUUGGUGUAGGUUCCCUUUCUAUGAAGCGGAUUUUGGGUGGGGGAAGCCCAUUUGGGUAAGUACUUGUACUUUACCUGCUAAGAAUUUUAUUUUCCUGAUUGAAACAAGAUGGGGUGAUGGAAUAGAAGCUUGGGUGAAUAUGGAAGAUGUUCACAUGGCCAAAUUUGAACAAGACCAAGAGCUCCUUUCUUUUGUUUCCCCUCCAUCCACUGCUUAAGGCUCGCUGACUGGGUUAAGUUCACUCAAUUUUGGUUGCCAUCCGACAUCUGUUCAUCUCAGUGGAUCCUUGCAUUUGUCCCACC